AAAAAUUUUAUGUUGAUGAAUUAAAAAAAGAUAGAUGUACAAGAGCAUGGAAAGUAAAAGAAAUGAUGCUCCUUGAUGGAUGCUUUAUCAUUGAGCUUAUUCGAAACCAUGCCAUGAAAGGACAGAGAGACGAAAACGGCCAUCCUCUUACACAAUUUAUUUUGAGUAGAGCAAAGCUUGAUCUGUUGCUAGUUGAAAAUCAAAUUCCUUUCUUUAUACUUUCAGAGUUGUUUGACAUGACUGUGAUGAGGAAUGAUGAACCAAGGGACUUUGUGGAUAUGGCUAUUGAUUUCUUAUUGAUGGUGGUGGCACUGCCAGAAGAUCAGAUUAGUAGACCCAAGAACAUCGAGCAUCAACCGGGCUUACUUCAUAGACCCAAGAACAUCAAGCAUCUACUGGGCUUACUUCAUGAUUGCUGGACUUUUUCGCCUGAUUGCUGGGAAGUCCAUAUCCCUUACUCACUAGGGGAUCCUGAGUCACUCGAGGAAGUAAGGUCCCUAUCCCCUGAGGCAAAGCUUAAUCUCUGUUCAUCAGGGGUAGUGCGGAGUUCACCACCUGAGCCUUUGGAGGAAUUAAGGUUUCCAUUGCUUAAGGCAGUGCAUAACCCCAAUUCAUCACUAUCUAAGUUAUCAGAAGAAGAUCCAAUUUCAAUGGCAGCGACGUUUGAAAAGGAUGCACUAGAAGCAAAACCAUCAACAAGUUUUUCCCCACUCAAGUCAUUAGAGGAAGCGGAAGAAGUGCCAAGGAAACCAAAGGGGGCAGCACCAGCACCGUCAACAGCGAAACCAAAGGAGGCAGCACCAGCACCGUCAACGGCAGCAGAUAGUGAUAACAAGCUUGCUUCAAACCCUAAUAGGAAGGAAUGGCGAUUCAUACGUUCAGCAACACAGCUCAACGACGCAGGAAUAACUUUUAAAAACAGUAAGGGGAGAUUGUUUGAUAUAAAGUUUUACAAGGGGGUAAUGUCAAUUCCAACUUUAAGAAUCGACGACAAUACAGAGUCCAUUCUUCGGAAUUUGGUUGCUUAUGAACAGUGCUCCAAGGGCGCAUCUUCAAAAUGUUUCACGGAUUAUAUUACAUUCAUGGAUCGCCUCAUCAACACAUGGAAGGAUGUUGAAUUACUUUCUAAACAUGGAGUUAUUGAUAACUGGUUAGGUGAUAAUGACGUGGUCGCUGCCAUGUUGAACAAAAUCGGUGACUCUGUGUUGAUCUCAAAAGACCACUUCUCUUAUGCUGAGAUCUUCAUCGAAGUGGAAAAGCAUUGCAACAAAAAGUGGUACCAGUGGAUGGCAAAUUUAAGGCAGAAUUACUUUAACACUCCAUGGGCGGGCGUUUCCUGCGUCGCUGGGGUUAUCUUGCUUCUACUUAAUUUGGUUACAGGUGUUAUGUCGGUUCUUUCUUAUCUGUUGAAUUAAGUAUGGAAAAGCUCCUCUCUACAGAGGCAGAGGCAUAUUGGGGUAUCAAAAGCGAAAGUUAUGCCGAACGCAUAUCUUCAUGGUUAUGUUCGUCAUUCUAGAGUUUGCAAUAAGUGAAGCUAGCUGCUCACACAAAAUUGUUUCCCCGUUUAAAUUGCGACGUCUUGUCGUGUUAUGUAUUCUACUAAAACUUUGCGUGGCUUGUAUUCCUUAGUCCUUUUUUUCUUUUUCUUUUUCUGUUUUUUUUUUUUGGUAAAAUGUAUCCCUUUGAACUCAAUUUGUAAGGAUGUUUGCAGCAAUCUAUAUAUUUGUGCAUUCCAACAUAAUAACUUUUAUAAUUCCUC